AUGUUGAAUCAAUUCGGCGGAAAUCCUUUUGGAAAUGGCUUACCAGCUUCUUUUCAAUCGCCUUUUGUUCAGCCAGGCUUGGGACAAUUUGGCAAUGCGGGUGCUUUAUUUGGUAGUAACGUUCCAAUUCAAGGAGGUAACAUAUUGCCUGCUGGUGGAAUGCCUUUUCCACCUGCCAAUUUUGGAGGAAUGCCGAUGGGUGGCCAAUUUGCCUCUGGUUUCAAUGGACCGAUAAUGCCCGGCAACGGUUUUGCUAAUCCGCCAAUCAUGCCAGGCAAUGGUUUUGCUAAUCCGCCAAUCAUGCCAGGCAAUGGUUUUGUUAAUCCAUCAAUGCCAUUUCCAUCUGGACGGCAAUCACCAUUUAUAGGUGGCGAAGGAAAUCAUUUUGGUAGUGGUGCUUAUGGUCGACCUCUCCCAGGUGAAUCGUAUCGUCAUCGAUCUUCAUCACGUCACCGAUCGUCAUCGCGCCGUCGCCAUCGUAGCCGAUCAACAUCAAGUAGUGAUGAUGAACAUCGUCGUCGUGGUUCGCCAUUUGCUGGAGCCGGAUAUCCUUACAACAAUGUGCGACCAGGUUCUCCUUUUGCACCGAAUAAUGGUGUGAUUUUCAAUAAUCCUCAACCAUUUCCAAAGGCUGCACCACCACGACCAGGCUCACCUUUCGCUCCCGUGAAUGGUAUUCCCUUCAAUAAUGUUCAACCAUUCCCAAAUAUUAUUCCAUCUGGAUUUCCAUUAGAGCAGCCGCCACCUAUUCCACCACGCGCUGGCUCACCAUUUGCAGCUGCUGGUGGCAUACCUUUUAAUGGUUCUCAACCAUUUGGAAAUCUUCCGAUACUAACACCCGGUAGUGGCUCACCUAUUAUGUUUCAAAGAUCUGCUUGGUAA